AAGAAAGUAGAAUUUGGUUAAAAAAAUGUCUUUAUAAAUGAAACAUUUAUUUCUGUGUGGAGUUUAAAUAUACUCCCUGUGAGUGUGCGUCUUCUGAGGACUACUCCUUACAUAAAAAAAAAAAAAAAAAACUAAUAUACGCGCGUGCGUGAAGCCUCGUGAUAGCGACCUCUCCUGUCAUCAUUUAUACUACAAUACACGUAUACUUGUAUUGAAUGAAGUGCGUCAUUUAUUGGCGCUGUUAUAAAAUAAAACUCUCGACAUAAGGUAAUUAAUGUACGAUUUCCGAAAGAUCCUAAACGUCUCAUGCCGCUCAAAUUUCCAACGGUGGACGUGGGUCACCUCUCAUCCGCGCAGAUGGACGUCACUGAGUAUGUUUUGUCGGCGGGGAAAGCCGUUUUGGACAUGAUGGAGCGGGAAUGGCAGCCUCUGAACGCGGUCGAGCUCGAGCAUCAGUUGGACAAGGCGGUGGAGCAGAUCCUGGAGUCGGACCUGGCAUCAACACUUAAAAGGAAGAAGUCUCCUUGUAUUUAUGAACAGUUGACACAAAGUCAAGCGAACGCGGCGCCUCAAAUGCGAACAGAAAGUGGGUCUGCAGAAGCCGUGGAGUCCCAGCCGAAGCGGGACUCUGUGGACGAUGCGGCUGUUCAGCACAUCUCAGAGCUCCUGCAGAGCUCCAAAGCUGGGACUCGGAUGGCUGGACGGGCUCGACUGUCUCUGUCCCACACGGUCCUCCUGUCUCUCACGCUGCUGUCGGAGCGGGUCAGCUACCGGGCAGUGUCUGACCGCUUCCAGCUGGAGAAAGGAAACAUCCACCGGAUCUUCUUCUCUUUCUGUGAGCGCAUCAACAGGCUGGAGGAGAAGCUCAUUAGAUGGCCAGUUGGCAGUGACGCCGCGGAGACGCUUGUUCCAUUUUCCAGUCUGCUUGGAAAAGGCGAGCAGGAGAACGGGAAAGGGGUUCCUCAAGUUCUAGGAGUGCUGGGACACACAUGGAUCCCAAUCCGUCUGCCAGUAGGCAAACGUGUCAUGGAGAGGGCUAAAAUGAAGAUGGAGACGCAUCCUGGCUCCUGGCUCCGCCUGGAGCUGGUUUGUGACCACAGAGGCCAGAUCCUCCACUGCAGAGCUGGAACAGGUUUAGAGGACGGGAGAGGCACCUCUCUGAGGAACAGACUUGCACAGCAGCCUGAUCUGACGCCCUCAGGUUCUUUCCUCGUAGCAAGGGCCGGAUACCCACUGACUCCACAGAUUUUAACUCCAUACGAAAACAGCUGCGGACGGAAGGAGGAGCUCUUCAACCAAACUCUAGAGGAGCAUUUUGGGACAUUUGAUCAGGCUGUGGCUAAACUGAAAGCUCGAUUCCAAAGACUCAAGUACCUGGACGUGGGAAACUUUGAGCGAGCCAGAGCCGUUGUGCUGACCGCUUGUGUUUUACACAACGUUUUCCUGAACACGGGACAAGAGUUUGAGGGACCCUUUGAGACAGAGGAGGCCCCGAUCCCCGAGAGAGAAGUAGCAGUCGAUGAGGAGGGGAUUCUUCAUCGAGAUGGAGUUGCAGAGUUGCUGUUUAAAAAUGUCAACAGUGCGAGGAUUUAAUAUGUGGGUCAGUGAGGAUGAACACCAUCUUUAUCGGAUUUCCCUGAAUUUCUGUCACUGCUGUUUUGUCCCAUUCCAUCAAUUCAAUCUUAAUUUAUAAAACAUUUUUCAUACAAAAACAAGAAAAAGUGCUUUUCAGAAUAAAAAAUUUUUUCAACUAAAAAACAAACAAACACAAAGCCAAACAAAAAGUUAAGCAAUGUGUUUGCUGCAGGAACUUCUUUGGAAUUCAAGCAAAUUAAU